GUUUCAGAAUCCCCAGCGACAUUUUCUCUUUAUCAUCUCUAAGAUUAUUGAGUUUAAACAACUGCAAAAGACUCCAACAUUUACCAGAGCUUCCAGAGCGAACAACAGUGCUCCAAGCGUUUAAUUGUACAUCACUAGAAACUGUGAAAUCACCUUUGCCCUUCGCACUUGUACCAAAGUGCAAUGGUCGCAGGAGACAAAAAGGAAUAUUCAAUUAUUGCAAUUGCUUCAAUUUGGAGCAUAAUACACUUGGCAACAUUUUGACAAAUGCACGACUGAGAAUUGAAGACAAGUUUGGUUUUUCAGAAUUUAGUGAUAGUUUUCUUGUUGGUUUACCUGGAACUGAAAUUCCAGAAUGGUUCAGCUAUGAGAACCUAGGCUCUUCAAUAGCUUUUGUGCUCCCUCCCAAAUGCAUUAAUGCUAAGUACCUACAUUUGGCUUUUUGUGUUGUUCUAGAAUUCAAGGUUCCUCUUGCUAUGGAAAAGUACAAUAAUUUCGUGCUUACAUGUGAAUUGCAUCUGAAAAAUGCUGAUGGCAAUGAAGUGCCCUUAAUAAUGGUUGCUCCUAAGAUUUAUCAUGAUAAUGUGCAUUUCGGGGCUGCCAUUGAAUCAGAUCGUGUGUUCCUUUGGCACAAUUGUUACUGUAUUAAACCAUGGCUCAAACACGAUUGUUCUGACGUCAACAAGCUUUCGACUGAGUCUGAGUUCAAAGUAGACAAUUUGCAUAAAGGUAAUGCAAGGCAUAUUGAUUUAGUAGAAUUAAAGGUGAAAAGAUGUGGAAUCCACUUGUCAUAUGCUUUCGAGGAUGAGGAGUACCAAUGCAGCCCCAGCACAAUCCAAACCAAGCUCUCUUUGCAAUAUUCAUCAACCGUUUCUAAUUUUAUGCAACAAGUGAGAGGAAACACUUGGUUUUUGAAUGACUUUUGUUUUAUUCUUUCGUGCAGUUUUUGGUUACUCUCCUUUUGGGUGCUGAAGAGUUUUGGUUCUGCGUCCGUGUUUUAGGAUAUUUGGUCAGCGGCUGCUCUUUAUUUUUUACUGGUUUCGGCUCCUCUUUGGUGGAUCCGGUUUUGGUAAUUUGAUCUCUGCAUUCAGCUUGUUUCGGUUUUCCAUUGCUGUACUGCAGUUGCUUUUUGUCUCUGCUUACUGUUUACUCUCGGAUGGGGUUGCUGAUGCUUUUCUCUGUCUCUGUUGUUUGUGCUUUGUUGUUCAGUCUAUCUUUUGGUUCUGCUGUGGUCUAGCAAUUUUGGUUUUUUGCUGUU